AUGAGAUUUCAAAAAGGCUGUUGUUUUGAAUGUGGUCAGACUGGCCACAGAGCUCGGGAUUGUCCUGAGAAGGCCGAAAAUGCCAAUACAUCCUCUUCAAGAAGACGUAGAUCUCGUUCCCCUCGCUCUCGCUCUCGCUCUCCUAGACGCUCUCGUAGUCCUCCCCGACGUGGUCGCAGCGAUAGACGCUCUCGUAGUCCCAGAAGAUCCCCUAGCCCUCGUCGUCGCUCUCCCAGCCCUCGCCGUCGCUCGCCUAGCCGCUCUCGUUCUGCCAGCCGUCAUCGUCGUCGAUCAGACAGCCGUGAUAGAUCCGCCAGCCCCACACAGCAUCGCCGCUCUGUCAGUCCUGCUGAUAGACGUCGUUCAAGAAGCCAAGAUUCUGCAGGAGAUGUUAAAAUGGAUUCUGUAUAA